AGUCGUCCAAUUAUUUUGUUUUCGACGGUUUCGACGUGUAAACACCUCUAUGCUUGAUAUUGUUUUUUACCGCAAUAAAGCAAAGUGUAGUGAAAAAAUGUUGAAAAUUGAGACCGUAUCUUUCCGUCUCCACAGUAUACGAUUUUGAUCGAAUUUAGAAACUAAAAUCUCAAAUAACUCUAGGACCGGGAAAGAAUAAAAAAGCUGCGUGUGGAAUCAAUUUUGCAAAUGAUUUGUAUGCACUCGCAGAGUGAAUAAAAAUGGACAAAUUGACUGUAAUAUCAGGCACUUUGUUUCUCGCAGCCGAUGUAUUUGCUAUUGUCAGUCUGGCGAUGCCAGAUUGGAUUAUAACCGACGUUGGAGGUGAUACCAGAUUAGGCUUAAUGUGGUCAUGUAUGACGCUCUACAACAGACCACAAGUUUGUUACACCCCUGAUCUUCAACCAGAAUGGUUGAUGGCUCUGGUUUGUAUAUUCAUCGGAUGCAUAUUCAUAACAACAACCAUCGGAUUAUUGGCUGUAUCGCACUGGGAUCGGCAUCUUAUUCCUUAUGCUCGAUGGGUCGGCUUUACUGCAAUGGUUCUCUUCUGUUUGGCUGCAGUUAUAUUUCCAAUGGGAUUUCACAUUGACGAGAUUGGUGGACAACCGUAUCAGUUGCCAAAUUCUCACCAAGUUGGCAUUUCCUACAUAUUAUUUGUUCUUGCAUUGUGGAUAACGGUCAUAUCAGAAUUGUUCGCUGGAAAAGUUUGUCUACCACAUUUCUAGCAUUUUCCAAUUUACGAAUUCAUUGGUUUAGUGGUACCCUGCGCAGGCAUUGUUGCUAUUCGUUUUGUUCUUCAUCUCUUUGAGAAUCAUUAACCUCAUUGUUAUUUUUGAGAGUUAUUAAUCAAAAUGAAAAGAGCUGGCAGAACAAAGAUAAAAAAUUUCUAUCUCGUUUUUGUUGUGGAAUUUCAAGCUUUACAACAAAAAGACUUCGGAUAGUUAUUUCAUUGAAAAAACAUGUACGACGAAUCUCAUUUUUUUUUACUUUUUCAUCAAAUUUUAUCUCGGAAUUUGCAAUUAUUUUGUCCACCACCGUUUCUCGUCUUCCAAUGUUGGAAUUGAUUUGUGAGAGUUUUUGAUUACCGUGUAUAAGGCACAAUGAAACCCUGGAAUUCAAUUUACAUUCACAUUAUUAUCCAAUUGUAUAAAUAUAAGAAACAAUGUAUUUCAACGAUGGAGUUCAUUCAGACCACAUUAAUGGAAUCCAAACGACAUUUUUUUACGAAUCUCUCGUGUAUCCAUAACGUAAAUAUCUGGAGAAUGCAGCAGCAUCUCAAUAUGUCAAGUAUUGAAAAAGAAAUUUCUAAAAGACGUGUACAGCGUAUCUACACUUGAGAUUGGACAUUUUUUUUCUUAUAGUACCUGAGUAUUAUAUUUAUGUAUAUAUAGAUAUAUGGAGAAACAAUAAUAUUGUAAUCAAAGUUUUAUUGAACGAAAACCAUCGUUUUUCGUCGAUUAGGUAUUCGUAAGGUACAAUUGUUAUCAUUAAAGGUUUGUUUUUUAAUGAAUUGUUGAACUUUUGAUAGAAUAAGUUGUCUACAAUCUAAACGAGCACUUUAAAUAGAAAAGUCGUAUUAUCGAAUAUCAUUGUAAUUGUUACAUGGAAAAUACAAAAAUAUACAGAAACAUUAGGGUGUGCAUAAAAAAAUCGAUAUUUUUUUCGCUUACAUCUACUAAAAAUAGUUGAAAUAUAGUAAAAAAAAGGUCUUCUACAGGGAGAGCUUAAACUUAUAUUUCAGGGAAAAGCAAACGAAGAGCAAUUGCAAUAUCUGUCAAAAAUAACCGAAUUGUAGCAAACAAAUAUUAAAAAACGUUUAUUCAGAUGGAAAAUCUUAAAAUACAAUGCGCUACAAGAAAUAAUCAAUAGACAGUUCUCCUUGUAGGAGAUUUUUUUAACUAGGGGAGAGUAGCGCAAAGUGGAACAGCCGGGCAAAGCGCAAUCCCCCCUCCCCCUUCGAAAAUUUAGGACAUUUUUUUUCUAUUGGAAAUCUGCAAAAUUUUGUUAUUCGGCUGAGAACAUGCUUCAAAAACUCAAAAUUGAAGAAAAAAAAAAAUUUUUUUUUAAUUGGAUUUUUUUUUCUGUCGAUAAAUUGACAUAUCAGCUCAAAAUAAGUCGUGAAAUAGUUAUUAUUGAAAAUAUGGAUAUUUCCAACAUAGAUAUGUGAUAUUUAUACGAUUCUAUCUCAUUUAUACGAUAUCUUCAUGGUAUUAGUCUUAUUUUUUUAGGAUACACACCCGAAAGUGAGAAAAAUCACGAAUCUUUUACUUUUUUGUUAACACCAAGGAAAAUGGAUAUAAUGUGUAUUCAAUAUUCAAUAAAACAAUAGCAGUUCGAGACGUUCGAACAUAAUUUUUAGUGUCACCAAGCCGUAGGCAAUGUUGAGCCUCAAAAAGAGACUUCAUUCCUCCUGAGCUGCGAAUUUGUUAGAAUUUCAGUUUGUCCUAGACGACGUCGCUUCCGAGGCCCAAAAUUCCUUACGGUUAGGAUAGGAAAAUGUCUUUUGGUGUCACUAAAAAUGCUGCUCUAGUUUUCGAAUGAGCUGAUCCCAUUUCGAUUUCCAUGGAAGAGUUCAAUCGUCGAUUUUGACUCAAAUUUUAAUCUGAAUUAUUUUUGUCGUAAGAUUUUUUUUUUCUCGUUUCAGAUGAAAAUGAGUGUGGUGAGAACAGUACGUUUAUUCUUUCAUUGAUAAAUUUCAUUUUAUAAAUUUCCAACGUUGAAACAAAACGUCAAGAAACGAAGAACUUUUAGCAAAAUUCAAAAUAAAUUCAAAAAUAGGGUAAAACAGAUACAAAAAAACGUCGCUUCAGCCCACAUUAUCGUUUUAACAUAUUCAUUCACCUAAUUCUGUAGAAAUAGAACGUCAAAAAACGAAGAACUUUUACCAUUUUCAAAAUAAGUAAAAAAAAUGGGGCAAAGUGAACACAAAUAUUUUUUUGCAUAAAGAAAAGGCCACUUUGCCCCAUCAUUUUUUUUUUAUAGGAUAUGAGAAAUAAGUGUGGAAAAUCAAUUUUCGAUUGCAGCAGUAGUUGACAGAACAUAUGCAAAUCGACACAUCUAGCUUAAUUGCUUAUAGUGUCCCCUUGCCCUACAUUCUUCUAAGAGUACCAUGAAGUUAUUGUAAACGAGAUAAAAUUGUAUAAAUAUCACAUAUGUUGGAAAUAUCCAUAUUUUCAAUGAUAAUAACUAUUUUACGGCUUGUCUUGAGUUGAUAGGUCAAUUGAUUGAAAAAAUGUUUUUUUUUUUUUUUUUAAUUUUGAGUUUUUGAAGCAUGUUCUCAGUCAAGUAACUAAAUUGUGCAGAUUUCCAAUAGGAAAAUGUUCUAAAUUUUCGGGGGGGGGGGGGUGUUCCGUUUUGCCGUACUCUCCCCUAUAUAUACUUUAACUAUUUUUCGUGGAUGCAGCAAAAACAGUAUCUUUUUUUUUAUGCAUAUCCUUAUGAACACAUUGCUAAUAGGAGUUUCAAACACGUUUAUUCAUUAGCAUUUUUAUUCACUAUUAUUCACAUAACGUUAUUUCCUAUAAUAAUGAAAGUACAGUUGAUUUGUGUUUGUGUAUUUUGUGUUCUGGAUAAAAAUAAGCCAACAUGUAAAUACGAGCGUUUCAUUAUUCUAUGCGGAAUUGUUUUUUAUAUUACGAAAUUGGAAUAUGAAUAUGUCCGAUUUCGAUUGAUAAAUGUUUUCAAUAAAGCUGAAGUUGAGUCAA